UGCCAUGUGUGCGGUGUAACAGAAGUUUCCAUCGAAUAGCCACGUGUCCGAAGGAAUAUCCCUUCCUUCCGCGAUCUCCAUGAUCUAUCAUGGCGGCGGAAAUUCUUAUCUGACGCUGCGCGACACCGUGAACCGUUAUCGCCAGAAAUCAUCCGAUAUUAAACUAUGAAACUAGGAUAAUUCGCUUAGAACGAUUACUCAUCACAAUUAUUCCAUCUUACGAUCUUCUCAUCAACGAUAAUCAUCACGAUAGCCAUCGAUGGCAUCGCCGCGAAGUUCUGCACCGGGAAGAUGGUGUACGUGAACGUCGCUUUCUGCAUGUCAUUGUUGAUCUUCGUGAUCGGGCUGUCGGUAGGGCUCAGCAUGAGGGUGUUCAAAGGGAGCGACGCACUCGACUCCGCGCCACUUAUCGACGGGCACAAUGAUUUGCCGUACAACUUGUAUGCAAAGUUGAACAACAAGGUGUCAGGAUUCCAGUUCGAAAAGGAUCUCGCCAAUGAUACCGUGUGGGGGAGAAACGCGUGUAGCUCGUGUUUCACGGAUCUCCCUCGGCUGAGGAAAGGAAAAGUGGGCGGACAAUUCUGGGCCGCGUACGUCUCGUGCGAGUCACAGUACAAAGACGCGGUGCAAUUGACGCUGCGACAGAUCGACGUGAUUAAGAACCUGAUCGACAAGUACCCGAACGACCUGCAAUUCGUCACCGAGGCGAACGACAUCGAGGCGUCAUGGAGAAACGGGAAAAUCGCCUCCAUGAUCGGCGUCGAGGGCGGCCACUCCAUCGACUCCAGUCUAGCUGUCCUCAGGCUCUACUACGAGCUCGGUGUUCGUUACCUCACGUUGACCCACUCGUGCAACACACCGUGGGCCGACGCGUCGCCGGUGAACGAUGGCUCCGUCCGCAAUCUCACAGCUUUCGGGGAGGCGGUCGUCUACGAGAUGAAUCGACUGGGAAUGCUGGUGGAUUUAUCGCACGUGUCGCACAACGUUAUGAGAAGAGUACUUGCAAUCACGAAGGCGCCCGUUAUAUUUUCUCAUUCGUCAGCCUUCAGCGUCUGCAACAAUUAUCGCAACGUCCCCGACGACGUGCUUCUCUCAGUUAAAAAGAACAACGGGGUCGUGAUGGUGAACUUCUACUCGGGCUUCGUCAACUGCAAUAAGUCGAGACCCGCAACGAUGCAAGAUGUCAUUGACCACAUUAAUCACAUUCGCAAUCUCAUCGGGCCAGACCACGUUGGUAUCGGCGCUGACUAUGAUGGCGUAAGUUCAGUGCCCGAAGGCUUGGAAGAUGUGUCUAAUUAUAAAGAUCUAUUCGAUAGCCUCUACGAGAGCGAAGCUAAUCCUCAAUGGACCAGGGAGGAUCUGGAGAAACUCGCUGGAAGGAACUUGAUACGCGUGUUUAAGGCGGUAGAAGCGGUGCGAGAGUCGAUGUCGCCGGAACGACCGCGAGAAGAUGUGAUAAGUGGAUCGGAGUUACGCGACGCGCAAUCAGAGGCGGGCUUGAAACCAGGCUCGUGUAACACUGCGAUAGAAUGGAAAGGACUUAACGAUAGCUCAAGUAAUAACUCGUAACAAUUCGACUGCGUUUUGAAUGUAACGUUAAACGAGAUAACAUCGCGUAACGUUUCACUAAUGUUUGUUACCCUAGCUCGUAUGUACAUUACACGUAAAUGAGAUCCUACCGUGAUUAAUAAAGCGACGAAUUGUUUGAUA